UGAACAAAAAUUUACGACUGAAGAAGCUUCAAUAUUUACGACUAGGAAUCUUAGGAUUUGGUAGAGUCGAAAAUUGUUUAAUAAUUUAAUUUGAAGGGUAAAUAAGAGUUGCAUAUUCCCUGGCAAACUUCCUUUCAACCACUCAACAUUUCCCUUUAAAGCACGAGCUCUCAUUUCAUUUCUCCAUGUGGCACUUACACAUCGACCCCCAAGGGCAGCGCAUGAAAACUUCAAUAAUUUAUGUAUUCCUGGGGAGCAGGGAGCUGCUAAUGACUUCAAUUUCUUGAUUCGCACCACUCGCAGUAGCAGCUGGAGGCACUUCGACGGCAAAGGCAACAUGCAGCGGCCAAACUUCGGCUCAAUUAUGCGCGCAAUCAAAGCAACUUAAUUACUCCAGAGUUAUCCGGCGAACACACGGAGGCGCAGAAAUAUAGAGACCGCAAUCACCGAGCAGCAGUAGUCUGAUAGAGAAUCGCUGCGACUAUGCAAAUUAGCCAAGCCAAUUCACAGAGACAAAUUGGUAAACAAAAUGAAACUGAAAGCGCCAGACUCAGACCCGCAUCACUCGAUUUGAUUGAAGUACCAGUUCCGAGAGAAAUUGUCAACAGUUUCCAAAUUAGCAAGCGCGCUUGCCUGUUCCCAAUGCUCCUUCUCCUACUGCUGUGCGGGCUGGUUUUUGGCCCCAAGGAUUGUGUGGCCACUUGCCGCGAGGAGCCAGCCCGCGAUUGUGAGGCUAUUUGCGAUGCGAGUGGCAGAAACUGCACCAUUAGGGCAUUAGUCCUCCUGCCCGAUGACAAUAUGUACCAGGCCUCCCUGCCGCGUGUCCUGCCAAUCCUUAAAGUGGCCGAACAGCAGAUCCGUUCCAAGUCCUUGAUUCCUCCGCACAUCGAUUUCGAGUGGCUGGCCCAUGACACCAAGUGCGAUGCCUCCCUCGGCGUGAUUAAGGCCAUGGAUGGCAUUAUCAAACAGUGCGCCCAGGUGAUCUUCGGACCCGUCUGCGAUUACUCCUUGGCUGCAGUAAGCCGGAUUACCAAGUACUUCAAUAGCCAGGGCACCCCACUCAUAUCAGUUGGAGGCUCGACCUACGACUUUGAACAGAAAAAAACCGAUUGCAAUGACGAGUUCUAUAUGCUGUUGCGCACGGGAAUGCUGAGUUUCGAGACAAUUUCCGAGCUGACCAUAAACGUGAUGAAGCGACACAACUGGUCGCAUUCCAUCUUCUACUAUGAACGGGAUGGCCAGCGAAGUGUGGCCGGAAUGCACACCUGCUUCCUCAUGAUGAAAUCCUUGGGAAAACAAAUGCGAAACGAGAACAUGACAUUCGCCCAGUUUCCACUUGAGCCCAACUUGACAAAUCGCACGGAGGAAAUGCGCCGAGAAAUUGGCAAUAAACAUGCAAGUAAGUAA